UGUGACGUAAUCUGUUUUGCUGUGAACUGGAUGUUCCAAGCUGUUCUUAUAACCACGUCUUGACGUCGUUAACACGGAAUCAGUACUGCAUGUCUUCGACGAAAGAUGGAUAACACUUUUUAACAGUAUGCCAGGAUUUUCAGUCAUUCUGAAAGAAACGGGGACGGAUCCCAAGUAUUGCUGCUCAAGCUGUGGCAACCUCCUAGACGAGCCAAGACAGACAGAGUGUGGCCAUAGAUACUGCAGGACUUGUCUAGAAGAACUAACAAGGACUGGCGAAGGCAAAUGUGCAGCUCAUAGGUGUGGAGAAACUAUCAAAUUGAACGACCAGGUAUUUCCUGACAAAGCGAUUGAACGGGAAGUCGGGGGCAUUGCUGUCGUCUGUAACAACGUGAAGGAUGGCUGCGAUUGGGAAGGCGUCGUGCGGCAAGUUAAGGACCACCUGUCUCAGUGUGACUACGAGAGGCUCCCCUGCAUCCACGAGGCCCAGGGCUGUGAGAAGAGCAUCCGGAGGAAGGACCUGGCGACACAUCUGCAGGAGGAAUGUGACUUCCGUACGGACGCCUGUCAAUGGUGCAAGACCAGCUUUCCACACAACCAUAUGAAGGAUCAUCAGAAGUCAUGUCCGUCGGCACCGGCUAAAUGUGACUGGUGCAGUAAGAAAGGUCUGACUCGGGCUCAACUACAGGAGCAUCAACAUCCAGAGACAGGAAACUGUCCCAAUAUGAAGAUACCCUGCAACUUCACACCAGCAGGAUGCAAGGAAAAGAUGGAAAAGAAACACCUCCAUGAACAUCAGAAAAAGUCAUCAUACGUCCAUCUAAACAUGCUGUUGGCUCUAGUUCUUCAGCUGGCUUCCAAUUUUGAACAGCACCGGACCCAAGAGGUGGAGUCAAGUGAAAGCAUGCGGCUCCACAUCCCUCAGUUACAGAAAACCAUCCAAGACUUUGACAGCAAACUGGUCCAAAUGGAACGGAAGAUCGCCAGUGACACGUCGGAAGGAGCAACAGCCCCGGGGUCGAGUGGUGCGAAGGCACUUGAGAACAGAAUCGAACAGGUGAGGGGAAAACUAGAAGAUGUAGUAAAGAAGCUCGCCGCCUGGGAGCCCAGGGUCGGCACGUUUGAAGGGAUCGUCGCCGUCCUGAACCGUGAGAUCGAGAAGUGCAGCUCACAGAUGGAGGCGUACGAACGACAACGUCGGCAGGACAGGGAGAUCAUCGAGACCCUGGAGAGGAAGGUCAGGUCUCUGGAGAGGAUCAUCGCUCUGAAGGACGUCGCAAUCGCCGAACAAGACCUCCGGAUCCAGACCCUGGAACUGACCAGCUAUGACGGCAUCCUGACGUGGAAGAUCGCGGAUUUCACUCGCAAGCGCCACGACGCCAUCACGGGGAAGACAGCGAGUUUCUACUCGCCAUGCUUCUUCACCAGCCGUACAGGGUACAAGAUGUGCGCCCGGAUCUACCUGAACGGAGAUGGGAUGGGGAAGGGCACUCAUGUCAGCCUGUUCUUCGUCCUGAUGAGGGGGCACUACGAUGGACUGCUGCGCUGGCCGUUUAGACAGAAGGUGACCUUCAUGCUCCUGGACCAGAACAACCGUGAGCACGUCAUCGACGCGUUCCGCCCUGACCCGACCAGCUCGUCCUUCCAGCGGCCCACCAGUGACAUGAACAUCGCCAGUGGAUGUCCGCUCUUCGUGCCGCUCAGUCAGCUGGAGAGCAGCAGCCAUGCCUAUGUGAGAGACGACACCCUGUUCAUCAGGGUCAUCGUGGACACCUCUGAUCUGAAUUAAGAGUAGAAUAAGAAAUAUUGUGCCGAUUGGAUAGUUUUUGAUCAUGUGUGUAAGUGGGGGCCGUACAAAUGUAAAUUGUAGGGCCUACGAAGACUAUAUACACAGUGUGUCAUAUCACAAUAUUAAUAAUAUAUUGAAUACGUUCGGCAACUGUAAGAUAUUAAGAUACUGUCUUACUGUAAGACAGUAAGAUAUGCACGAGUAAUUCCUAUGAAAGAUGGCAUCCUUGUUCCAAUUGAACAGUUGUUAUGUAACAUGAGAUUUUCAUGACAUGAGAUCUAUAAUUUUGUUGGCUUUCACCCUGCAAGGUAAAGAUAAACAUCAACUGAGCAUUGGGACAGGGAUGCUAUCUAUGAAAUUGUAGGAUUGAUCGCAAAUGCUGCCUAUUAUAAACUACACUAGGAUACAUGCUGUAUUUCAUUGACAGUGCUGCAACUUAAACUUGUAAACGUAACAUAUAAUGUACUAAACCAUGGAGUUAGAAGAUUUUCGAACUCCAUGCUCAAACUAAUAAUAAUCAUAGAAAGUCACUGUGAAAAGUAGCGUGAUACAUAUUUCUUAAUGUAUAUAGAAAAGACAGGAUUAGUUUGACCAAAAAGAACGCUUGACCUAAAACUGAUGAAAGUUUGGGUUAUCAGUUGAAUUUUAUAGAUUAUUGAUAUGGUGUAGUCUCUUAUAUUCUACAUUUUAACUUUCAAUGAGAUAAUCCAUAGCAUAGUAUUUGUAUAUAGCAACCUGCCAACCUAAUCCCUACAUGUAACUACGUAUAGUACAUACAGUUCUAUGAAUAUGUUUUAAGAAAAUUGGAUAGGCAUGUGCAUGUAAACUAGAUUCAGCUGUAGAUUAACAUUAUUUAUGUGAUGCAUAGAUGUGUUUAGUUAAAUAUUGUGAACAUCAGUGUCAUUCAGGCAACAUUAUAUGUAUGUCUGCUAGGUUGAUAGAAUGAUAAAGAAUUGACUUGAAUUAAAAUAUGGAAAACGAACAUUUGCACAAAGUGAGGCAGAGAGCUAGAAGUCUCUCCCAAUAGAUGUAAAAAGCACUUCAUUCAUACAAACAUUCAAAGCAAAUUGCGCGAGAGAAUUGUGUGUGACUCCUGACCUCUAUCCCCUAAGACCUGGCAUGGAUACGGACUAUGAGUAUGGACACGAUUUUGAGAGCACUAUGCUUUUGUUAUGUACAUGUUAUUGUAUUGGUUGUGUAUGCGUGUACCCUGGACCUCACUGGAAAGCAUUCUUCAUCAGCCACUGAGGACGCUACCCUGGUUAAUGAAAACAUAAAUAAGUUAGAUAAAUCGAACAGAAAUAUAUCUAAUAGAAAUCAUUGUCAUUGUUAGUUUAUUCCUGAAGUAGGAUGACGAAUAAUGUAAGGUUA